CAGUUGUGUGACGCGCUAGAGUCAGCGGAAGUGACGCAGUUUGUGUGGAUGUGGGGCUGUCAUGGAUGAAGUCAGUUCACCGGCGCGUCGUCGCGGUGGUCCGGCGGGGCUCUCCGCCGUGCAGUCCGACACCAUAGAGGGUCUGACAGAGCUGGAGGAUCUGGAGCGAGUGUAUGCGCAGCUAUGUGGAGAAGAGGCGGAAGUGCAGAUGGAGUUGGGCGCUCUUAUGGGACAGCAGAGCAACAUAGAAACAAAGAUGCUCGCCUUGCAGAGGAUGGGACCCAACUUGCAGCUGAUCGAGGGAGAUGCAGUGCAGCUGUCUGGCAUGAUCAGCUUCACCUGCAGCCUGGCAGAGAACGUGAGCAGCAAAGUCAGACAGCUGGACCUCACCAAGAAAAGGCUGUACCAAGCAAUUCAGAGGGCAGAUGAUAUUCUAGAUCUGAAGUUCUGCACAGAUGGUGUUCAGACAGCCUUGCGUAACCAGGACUAUGAGCAGGCUGCCGCCCACAUUCAUCGCUAUCUUUCUCUUGACCAGUCUGUGAUUGAGCUCAGCAAGCAGGGUGGAGAGGGCAGUGCAGUUGAAGCCAGCCUUGCAUUGCUUCAGGAAGCAGAGCGCAAUCUGAAGGCACUUGUCACAACGCGACUGGAGGAGGCAGUUGCCACAGGUGACUUACCUCAAGUGGAGCGCUUUUUCAAGAUCCUUCCUUUACUGGGACUGCAUGAGCAGGGACUUGCACGCUUUGCUCAGUACCUUUGCAGUCAGUUGGCCAGUAAGGCAGAGGAGAACUUACUCCUGGCUGUUGGCUCUGAUCUCGGCGAACGCAGGGCACCGGUCAUUUUUGCUGACACACUCACACUGCUUCUUGAAGGUAUUGCACGUAUUGUUGAAACCCAUCAGCCCAUAGUGGAAACAUACUAUGGACCAGGCCGACUGCACACACUCCUCGCACACCUUCAAAAUGAGUGUGAUAAACAGGCUCAGAAAAUAGUGGACAAAUUCAUCCAACAGAGAGAUUAUAACAAUAAGUUUCAGGUUAUCCAGAGCAGCAUGAUGAGGGGCAUGGCUACAGAAAAGAUUGAACCCAGAGACCUGGAUCCAGUGUUAUGUGAGGUUACCUUAAUGAACUCAAGAGCCGAGCUGUACUUUCGAUUCUUGAGGCGGCGUAUAGUGGCUGACUUUGAGGUUGCAGAUGCAAUGGCAGAUGAAGCGGUUAUACAAGAGCAUCAGCAGAGUUUAGAGCAGUUACUGAAGAACUGCCAGCUGAGCCGCACUAUGCAGGAGCUGAUUGGCUAUUACAUUCCCAUGGAGGAGUAUUACAUGAGAGAGUCCGUCAACAAGGCAGUUGCCAUGGACACAGCUGAGGUGGGUCAGCUGAGCUCCAGCAUGGUGGAUGAUGUGUUCUACAUAGUGAAGAAAUGCAUCAGCCGGGCCCUCACCAGCAGCAGCUCUGACUGUGUGUGCGCUAUGAUCAAUCAUGCGACCAGUGUUCUGGAGACAGACUUCAGAGAGGUGUUAGUAUGUAAGCUCCGAGCUGGAUAUCCAGUCAGUGCUCUGCAGGACCUGCAGCGUGGAGUAAGUAGUGCCGUCAGUCUGAUGCAGAGCAGCCUGCAGCAUGGCAAGAUAACAAAUCUCACACAAACGCUUGGGAUUGAGAGCCAGGAGCAGGCAAAGAGUGCCUACUUGGUGGCUCUCAAUAAUGUGGAGGUCUGCAGUGAGAAUAUCAGCACCCUGAAAAAGAAUCUAGAGAGUGAUUGUGCCAAGUUGUUCAGUCAGGGGGCGGGCUCGGAUCAUGCAAAGGCUAAGAUAGACAGCUGUCUAUCUGAUUUGGUCAACACCUCCAGCAAUUUCAAGGACCUCCUCCAGAUUUAA